AUGAAGGUUACUUUACUUCUCCUCUCAGGGUCACUGGCCGCUGCCCAGUUGGCGCCGGCCGCGCCGGCCGGGUGCAAAUUGCUACCUGGAGAUGCCAACUGGCCUGCUGAUACUGUCUGGAAACAGGCGCUGCCAGAGGUCGUUGCCCGAGGACCCCAAGAGAAUAUCACCCGACCGGAUUACCGUAUCGACGCAGAGUCUUCCGCAGAUGUCAUCGCAGCUGUCAAGUUUGCCUCUCAGCACAACGUUCGUUUGUCGAUCUUGAACAGUGGUCAUGACUUUUUAGGUCGUGCCGACGCGCCAUCCGGUCUUGCACUCUCUGUAGGAAUGUUGAAGGGAAUUCGUGCUCUUCCUUCAUUUACUCCGUCGGCUCAAGGGGCACAAAGCGCUGCAGGGGCAACGGCGAAUGUCAUUAAACCCGCUGCGGGAACGCAAGCUGCUGUAACCAUUGGAGCCGGUGUCACAACCCAAGAGCUAAAUGAUGCUCUCGAAGGGUCUGGUCUUUUCACGAUGGGCGCCGCACACGUGCUCGAGUACAAAGUUGUCACUGCUGACGGCCAGCUUCGCGUUGCGAAUGCAGUCACGAACUCUGACCUCUUCUGGGCGCUUCGCGGUGGUGGCGGCGGCACUUUUGGUGUCGUCGUUGAGGCGACUAUCAAGGCAUUCCCAUCUCCUAAGGUUUCCUUGAUUGCGUUCUUCCUGAACACGACUGACUACAACGACCACAAAUCUAUUUAUCCGACUCUCGCAUACAUGCACCAAGAGUUCAAGCAGCUGAACGAAAAAGGUAACUCCGGAUACUAUUUCAUGUUCAACAAUGCGGUUAAGGGUACCUUCAUCAACGGCGACGACGGAGUGACUCCAGCCUCGUUGAACGAAACCUGGCAGCCUGUAUUACAGCGCAUGGCCAAUAUGCCCGGCAUGAACCCGAAGACGCUCGUCGUUUCCACCAAGGAGUUCUCGAAUUUCAAGCAAUUCUACGAUGGUGCCUUCGGAUCCGCGGCCGGUCACGAUCAUGGUGCUACCGAAGAAACCGGCGGCCAUGAUCACGCCUCCGAGCCUACCGAAGCGACUGGUGGUCAUGAUCACGCUUCCGAGCCUACCGAAGCGGCUGGCGGUCAUGAUCACGCUGCUGAGCCUACCGAGCCGGCUGGCGGUCAUGAUCAUGGUACCGAGACUGCAGGGACUACGGAGCCUAGCACACCAGCUGCUGGAGGGCAUGAGCACGGCGCGGAAACCGCUGGCACGGAAACCGCUGGCGGCCAUGACCAUGAUUUGGGCAGCAUUCCUUCCGCCGCACCCACGUCCGCUCCACUUGAGUGGGUUGGCACCGGUCUCAGUGGCUCUUCAUCGACUGGACUUGCGGAUCCCUCUGGCUUGCUACCGGUUGGUGGUGCGCCUGUUGGUGGUGCAUCUCCUCCGUCAGCGCCAUCGACGCCAUCGACGGGCUCAUCGACCACACCAGCUUCCCCCGGAACGGGCGCCGGAUCUGGACUAUCAGGCCUUUUCUCAGGCAGCGGGGGCCUUUCAAGCUUGUUUGGCUCCGGAUCCAGUGGGGGAGGACUUUCCAGCCUGUUUUCAGGUCUGUUCGGAGGUCAGGGUGGGACAAGCAAGUCAAAGAAAUCGGACAUCCCCGAAGUGGAAGCCAGGGAAUUGGAUAUGGAUCUCUCGCCCGGUUUCCUCAAGAACCUCCUUCGACGUCAUGGUGACGAAGCUAUGUCCAAUGCCAUGGGCAUCAUUCCGCUCGACAGUCGUUUGCUCGGUGAGAAGGAACUGAGCAGCCCUCAGCUCGCCGAAGCUUUGGAAAAGUCCAUGCCGGACAUGGUGGCCGGACAGAUUCGCGGCCAUCUGAUUGGCGGUGGUAAAGUCUUGACCCAAGGCCAGGACACAUCUGUUCUUCCAGCCUGGCGUAAGUCCUACGUGCACUUGAUUGGUACCGGUGUGGGAUUCCCAGAUGUGUCCGGGUUGAAGGCCUUGGACCCGACAAUGGGGGCAUACUCUAACGAGGCUUCCAUUAAAGAACCAAACUGGAAACAAACCUUUUGGGGUUCCAACUAUAAUCGACUUUCCGAGGUUAAGACCAAGUAUGACCCAAAUCAAGUUUUCUGGGUGACACCUGGUAUUAAUGCCGAUCAAAUGGUGGUCAAUAAUGGCCGUCUUUGCAAGGCGACCGGUCCUAGUACCAACUCCCGCGUGCCUCCGGAGAACGACAACAAAAAUUAUGGCGGUCAGUCGAGUGGUGACGACUCAGGCGACGGAUCCCCGUUCCCACUCCUAUAUCAAGGUGCUUGA